AUGUCGGACGCUAAUCCCGCCACCUCCCCAGCACCAACUGGCUCCGAAGCUGUUGCUGCUGGUUCUGAUGCGACCGUGGCAAAGCGGAGUACAGACAUGAAUGGCACAAGUGCCAAUGACACUUUGGUCGAAUCUAGCAAGGAAGUCGCGCCUGAAAUUGUCGCGAAAGUCGAGGCUUUAGAAGACAAGCCUACAAACGGCGAGCUGGUUGUCGCGCAGGACGUGCCUGUUGAUGAGCCAGCGAUGGCGAACAAUGAUGACGCCGGAAAGAAGGAGGAUGUAAAAGAAAACGAUGCUGCACCAUCUGCGUCAGAUGCGACAGAGGGUCCUCUGACUACGCCAGCUUCUGCGAGCAAGGGAAAGGGUAGACGUAAAUCUGGAGGGGUUCCUGAGCACAAAAGCAAGAAGCUAUCUAAAAAGCCUUCUAAGGCCCGGCUAAGCAACGUCGACGCAAAGCCUGGCGACUAUUUCUUUAUCAGACUGAAGGGGUAUCCUCUCUGGCCCGGGAUAGUCGUCGAUGAAUCUAUGCUUCCACCACUCAUGUGCAAAAGUCGGCCCGUAGCAGCCAUGAGACCAGACGGCUCGUAUCUGGAAGGGUAUGAGGAUGGAGGACCAAAAUCGAAGUUCCGCAGCUUCCCCGUUAUGUACCUGUUUACCAACGAGUUUUCUUGGAUUCCACAUUACGAUCUAGUCGAGAUGCAUGAUGAUGCCCUUCAAGAAAUUAAACCGAACAUGCGUAAAGAUCUCCACGAGGCAUACCUGAUUGGACGUGAGCGCAAAGAUUUGGACUAUUUCAAGAACAUCCUAACCACACAUCUCGAAAGCAAGGCCGAGGAGGAGUCGCAGAAAGAGGCCGCUAAGGCUGCGAAGGAAGCCGCAAAGGAAGCCAAAAAGUCGAAGAAGCCGCGUAUGUCAAAUGCCAAGGUGGUAGAGGACGACGAAGAUAUCGAAAUGGCAGACGCUGCAGUAGAGCCCGAAUCCGAAGAGGCCGAGGGUGUCGCAAUCGCCAAACCCAAAAGUAAAAAGCGCAAAAACCCAGAUGGGGAGACCGAGAACCCAGCACAACCCGAAUCUGUUAAGAAGCCACGGCCCACAAUCAAGCUCAAUACACCGAAGACUGCCAAUGGCACCUCGACCCCAAAGUCAGCCAAAGACUCAUCAGCUCCGAAAUCCGCAAAGGCGAAGGGUAAGAAAGCGGCCAAGGAUGCGCCCGCAUCGCCUGCCCCAAAGAAACCAGAACUUUCUGCGGAAGAGAAGCAAAUCUUGUUUCUCCGCCAUAAGCUUCAAAAGGGUCUCCUAACUCGUGAUCAAGAGCCGAAAGCGGACGAAAUGAAGCAGAUGUCUGAAUUCGUCACCAAGCUGGAAGGCUACUCUGACCUCGAAGUGAGCAUUAUCAGAGCAACGAAGAUCAAUAAAGUAUUGAAGGCCAUUCUCAAAUUGACCUCUAUUCCAAAAGAGGAGGAGUUUCAGUUCAAACCAAGAUCACAGUCCUUGCUCGAUAAGUGGAAUAAGUUACUCGCAAGCGAAACGGAGACACCAGUUGCAUCGGGCGUGAACGGCGCCAAAUCGGAUGAGAAACCCGAAUUGGAGGAAGCCAAAGUCGAGCCAAGUCAACCGACAAAUGGAACGAAGGAGUCCACCGAAGAAAAAGACGAAGCACCAGCAGCUGUUGAAACCGCGAUCGCUUCGGUAGAUGCAACCCAUAUUGAAUCGCCCAAGGAGGAGUCACACAAGGAGAAGACACCUGAGCCGGCAGCUGUCGAGUCUACUGCUUGA